AUGGUUGUCAAGUGGAGCGCAGACAAAGACCAGUUCAUCUUGAACCACCUCCUUACCGACACUAGCAUCAAGAUCAACAACGAUGUCCUCGACGCCAUGAUCCAGACCUGGCGUAUGUAUUCACCACUCUCACAUAUUCCCUUCCUUUUUCUUCAUCACAACCUCCCCUUCUCUUCUCAGAUUUGUCUACACUACAUAUCGCUCUUCGCUCUAUAUCCUUGCACUUUCCAUACAUCUUGUGCAACCUAUGCCUACAUUCCCUCUAUUCACACACAAUAUUCCGUUCCCAAUGGAACUCUUCUUCAAGUCCAGUCUGACACCACAAUCCCAGCUGCCACCUUUGGCGCCGCACCCACCAGGAAGGCCUUGACCGAACAUUUUGGCAAGAUCCGCAAGACCAGCAAGGCCCUCGUUGCAGGCGACGGCACCAUCCCUUCCACCCCAGCCACCACCACCGCAAAGAAGACCAAGACUCCCGCUACCAAGUCCACCGCCACCAAGCGCAAGAAGCCAGUCAUUGCUACCUCGGACGACUCCGACAACAACUCAGCUCCUCCCACAAAGACCCCAGCCAAACGCCGCAAGCUCGUCACUGCCGAUGAAGACGAAGACGCCGACAUGCAGGCAGAAGUGGCAGACCUGGGUGUGCGCAUCAAGGACGAGCCUGUUGACGAGGACACUCCAUCCAAGAAACCUGUUCCUCGUCGUGGCAAUGUUGCAAAGAUGCCAAAGUACACUGAUGACGAUGAGGAUGCUGAGGGAGGAGGUCACCCUGAGGAAGAUGCAGACAAUGGUUCUGAGGAUGAGUAUGUGGAUAAGGAGGUUGUAGAGAAGAUGAGUACUUAUCUGGAUGCUCCCGAUGAUGAGGAUGAGGCUGAGGUCUGA